AUGGGCCUAAUAGAUAACCCUUUGAUUGGCCAGGGCCUUUCCAGCCCUGAUCCACUGGUUCGAGAGGCCUACUUGAUGGUCUAUGAUUAUAUUAACUAUGUAACAGCCAAACCAGGCACACCGCUAGGCCCGGCACCCUCUCAAGCCUCAGCAGCAUUGCGUCACGCAGGAGACGAGCUCCUCCAGCGCUUCCCGAUCUUCUUCCGUCGCUGGCCACGGGUCUUCCGGGACGUGACAGAGGAGACAGCAUGUUCUACGCUGCUGUCCAUCCUGGACGAGCACUUCUCUCAGACGAGGCGCGGGGACCUGGCCUGGAGCGCCGUCCUCUCUGUGUUUGUGCUUGCUGGUCAGAUGGCACUGCACUGCCAGCAGAAUGGCAUGGAUAGAGUUCUGCCCCAGCUCCAGCAGUCUGCAGGCAACUAUGUUGAGAGAAUCAUCUGUCCUGCGAUCAGAGACAAGGGAGGAUGGUCAGGUUUUGUGGCUCGCUUUGGGGAGAAGCAGACUUUGGAAGGCCAGAUAAAGAAGGUGUGCUGCUGGAGUUUGCUAACACUGAGCAUGGGGAUCCUCGCCUACUUCCUGUGGAAAAGAAGAAUCAUUUAG